UUGAGGCAGACGAGGCGUUCUGGUGAAAUUGUGAUAUCGAGAUAAGUUAAUAAAAUAAGUAAAACUAUUCUGUGGUGUUUUGUAUUUUCCGGCAACAAAUCAGAAGCGGGACUGACCCACAGCAGGCGGCUUACCAUUCAGACGAAAACGUGGUGGUGGCGAAUUAAGGCGGGCGGCGGCGCUGGUGGUUUUUGGGGAGGUUAGAAAUAGUACCAGGUUUACGGCGGGGCAGGCGAUGUCCGACGAUGACGCGAUGUCUCUGGAAGCUGGCGAACUUCCCGGGGAGUCGCGGGAGUCAGUUGAACGCAGCAGGUUGGCAGAGGAAGUGGCGCGCCAACUGAUGAGCGGAGGCUUUGCCGAUCAGAUGCUAAGGGCAUUCGAAAGACGGGCAUCUUUGGUCUUGGGGGACUUGGCGUUGGCUCCCCAACCGAAACCGCAGGCGGCGGCCAGCGAGGCGAGUGGUUCCACAACGGGCACUGAGAUGAAGUUCAGCUCAAAGAAGGCGUGGGACCUAGUAGAGCCGUUUGACCCUGAUGCUAAGGAGGCGUCCAUCAGCAGAUGGGUCUCCCGACUGGACAUGUUGGCGGAGAUGCACGGCUGGUCGGGAAAGCAAAAGGUGUUGGCGAGCCAGGCGAGGUUGGACGGCGCGGCGAAGCGUUGGUUCCACCGCCUGGACCAUAUUAAUUUUGAGUGGCCGGAAUGGUGUGACCGACUGAAGGCGGCGUUCCCGAUGAGGACUAAUUUCGGCGAACUCAUCGAGGAACUGGCGAACCGGCGUAAACGGUCAGGCGAAACGAUGACCGAGUACUACCGUGACAAGUUGGCGCUAUGUGUACGAGCUGGCAUCUCAGGCGAGAAUGCAGUCUCGUGCAUCAUACACGGAUUACCGGAGACCUACCGGGCAAAUGCAUACGCGGCGAAGUGUGCUUCCCCGGAGGCUCUCUAUAACGAUUUGUUGGCAGGUUUGGAGUCCUGUCGGGAAGGAACGCCAGCGGCAAAGGCACCCGGCCCGAGGACCCUGAGCCAGCGGCUUGGUACGGCGACCAGGCCUACGAAACGGGAGCACUCUCCGCCUACGGCGCCGGCGGGACCUAGGCUUGUGAGGUGCUUCAACUGCCAAGAGAUGACCACCCACAUGAGUAGGGAUUGCCCCUUGGAGCGGAAGGAGAGGUGUCGGCAAUGUGGUGAGGCGAACCAUGUGUGGGUGAACUGUCCCCGGCGGAAGGAGGCGACGCGAACAGGACCACGGGUGGACGGCGCGUCGAAAAAGGUGAGUUUCCUUUUGAAGGCGACAGACACGUUCGCUAAGAAGGCGCUUGUGAAUGGUUGCCCUGUCAAGGCGUACAUUGACUCGGGUAGCGAGCGUUCUAUCCUUACCCUGGCGGCGGCGAGACGUUUAGGGUUAGGUAAAAGGCGGGAAGGCACAGGCGUCGUGCUCAGCGGGUUUGGCGGUGGCCAAGUUGUGGCGCUGGGCGAGGCGUGGUUCACGGCGGAAGUGGACGGGAUUGACCUGGAAGUUAAGGCGUUAGUGGCGGACGUCGAUGUGGGCGAUAUCGAGCUUCUUUUGGGUCAGUCGAGUCUCUACGUACCAGGUGUUACAAUGGUGGUGCGGGAUGGCAAGGCGUUGCUAAGCAACGAAGGCGAUAUUACGGCGUUCCUAGGGCGACUCACGCUGGCGGAGCGUGGGAGUGAUAAGUUCGAGGUGCGAUUGGCGGCAGGUAUGAUCUGUCCACCAUAAUCUAUUGCGGCGGCGGUCGUGGAGGUUGUGGGCGGCGUUCCCGGUGGCAAGGUAAGGAUCGACGAGCGGCGUGUGUGCACGGCGGCAUACAGUUACGUUUUGAGUCGUUCCUUCAUCGCGGCGGACAGACCGGACCUGAUCCCGAUUAGGAACUGUGGCGACGCAUUUCUGAGUUGGGAAAAGGGACGAUUGGUGGCGAGGGCAGAGACGUACCUGGAGGACGAAAGUAUACAGGUGAAUGUUAUAGCGACAUCGGCAUGUUUGGAUGACCUAACAGGCGUGAAUGUUGGUGGCGUGGAUGACUGGGCGAAGUCGAGAUUGAUUGAGGUGUUGCGAGCAAGGAGAGAUUGUUUUUCAGCGGGCGACCUGGAUGUUGGUCUGACUCAUCUGGGCGAGAUGAAAAUCAAACUGUCGACUGACGUUCCGGUACACUAUCGGCCGUAUAGGUUGGCACAUACGGAAAGGGCGUUGGUGAGGCGAAA